CACAGCACAGCACAAGCCCACAACCACGCUGCCACUCGCUCUCUAUUACUCCACGCAUUGCAUACCCGUCAUAUCUCAGCAAUAGACUCUAUCGCAUUCAUUCGCAAUGGCCAAGGAAAUUGAGGAGAAGAAGUUGAAGAAGGAGAAGAAGGACAAGAAGGAAAAGAAAGAAAAGCGUGCGGAGACCGACGGUGUAUCCAAGCCCAAGAAGGAGAAGAAGGAUAAGAAGGGCAAGGAUGUCACAGACGCUCUCGAGGCUGCGAUUGAGGAGCCCGAUGUUUCCAUGAUGGAGAUUGACAGCGGUGCUGGCGCAGAGGGCGACGAGCCCGCUGGCGCACUAGUCCCCUUCGCAUUCCCUCUCGCAGAUAACGACAAAGAAGUCAAGAAGAUCCUGAAGACCGUCAAGAAGUCUGCGAAGACAAAGACACUCCGUCGCGGUGUCAAGGAAGUCGUCAAGGCCCUCCGCAAGUCGCAAGGCUCCGGAAACACUGCUGAUAUCAACGACACCUCUGCCAUCGUCGUCAUCGCCGCCGAUAUCUCGCCAAUGGACGUUAUUUCGCACAUCCCCGUCCUUUGCGAAGAUCACGGUAUCCCCUACAUCUACAUCAAGUCGCGCGCACAGCUUGGUGAAGCCAGCGCAACAAAGAGGCCCACCUCUGUCGUCAUGGUCGCAAAGGCCGGGUCAGGCAAGAAUGCCAAGGACGUCAAGGAGGAUGACGCAAAGGAGUUCGAGGAGGCAUACGGCGAGCUGCAGAAGCUAGUUUCCAAGGCGGCGAAGACAGUGCGCAAGUAAGCGCUGCAGGAGGAGCAUGUGAUAUGUGUGGCAUUUCCCGAUGCAUGAUCUGCAUGUUGGAUUCUUACUGUGCAAAAUGGGAGAGGCGUAUGGCGUUACGACCAGUCUGCUGAGCAUCUGUGCUCGGUGUUGUUUACUAUCUUCUGGAGGUGGGCGUGUUUGUGUCUAGUAUCACGAACAUACGACUCAAUCAACGCAAUGAAACGUCC